AUGUACUGUACAUGCUCUGUAUGCAGGAGAAUUGGUGCCACCCCUUGCAUUUUGCAUUCCAUCCACGUGGUGAGAAGGUUGAUCAAAAUCAGGACAUACACAAACAUUGAGUCUAUGUCGAAUCCUGUUGUUUCAAGAGUCUGUAGACAUAUACUCGUACAUAUCCCUAUUAGGCAGAAUUCGGAACGUGAGGCUCUGAUCCCUGGUUCUGUUCCUGCUAUCCGUCCUGUCGACGGUUCCAUGGCUGUCCUCUUACCCAAAGUAUAUGCCAUACAAAUGACCAUUCUUCAGAAGAAAAAAAAAGAAGGAAAGGAAAGGAAUCCACGCAUGCGCGUGCAUGUUUCUGUUUCAGAUCCUCAUCAUUGCAUUAUUAUUCACCUACCUAACCUUUCACGUGUUGACUAUUCGAACGUUGAUAGAUGGAUGAUGGGUGGCCUUAAACUCUGCACGUCGUACGUACGACCAGAAUCAGUAUACUCCGUACCUAUUGUUAGCGAGCGAUCCCCUACGUACGUAUGA